GAGGAAGUGAGAGAAUUACAGGUCGGUGAGAGCCUACUGUCAGAGCCAAAAGCGCAACGGAGCGGGGAGACGAUGUGGUACUUUCCUUCCUUCUCCACAGAGACAUGGACUCUGAUAGCGAUACUAUUUGCUCUCUUUAUGUGGUAAGUUCCUUUGUUAGGAAAGGUUAAUAAUCAUGCUUUCUGUCCUAACCUGCUGUUGAGAAAAGGAAGGAAAGUUGGAUAUGGUUAAUGUCCUUAAUAUAGCUACAGUAAUAGUAGAAUAAUAGUGUUUCUCAGUAUUCUUCCCAAACAAAUGUUAUUGGGCCCACACAUAUCUUUAUUCUAAUUGUACAGCCUUCGUAUUGGUAAAAAAAAAGAUGGACCGUCUCUUGUUGUCAAAUUGGCUGGGGCCAGCUAAUCUCUUGUUGUCAAUUCAACAACGGGCCAGUUAAUUUAACAACAAGAGAUGGUUCGUUGCUGAAUUGUUACAUGUAGUAGGGGAGAGUGAGGACGGUUGUAACACUUUUAGCAUUUUAGUCAAUUUCUCAGAGAUCGUUUGAGCUACUACAUUCAAAAUGUGAUAGGAACAACUUCAAAUCAAAUCAAAUGUUAUUUGUCACAUGCGCCGAAUACAACAGGUGUAGACCUUACAGUGAAAUGCUUACUUACAGCCCUUAACCAACAAUGCAGUUUUAAGGAAGAAUACCAAAAAAAAUUACAAAAAAAAUACAAUAUCAAAUAAUACGAAAUAAAAGUAACAAAUAAUUAAAGAGCAGCAGUAGAAAUAAUAAUAGCGAGGCUAUAUACAGGGGGUACCGGUACCGAGUCAAUGUGCAGGGGCACUGGUUAGUCGAGGUAAUUGAGGUAAUAUGUACAUGUAGGUAGAGUUAUUAAAUUGACUAUGCAUAGAUAAUAAACAGAGAGUAGCAGCAGCGUAAAAGGGGGGGGGGGGGGGGGGGGGGGGUACCGCUUGCCGUGCGGUAGCAGAGAGAACAGUCUAUGACUAGGGUGGCUGGAGUCUUUGACAAUUUUUAGGGCCUUCCUCAGACACCGCCUAGUAUAGAGGUCCUGGAUGGCAGGAAGUUUGGCCCCAGUGAUGUACUGGGCCGUACGGACAACCCUCUGUAGUGCCUUGCGGUCGGAGGCCGAGCAGUUGCCAUACCAGGCGGUGAUGCAACCAGUCAGGAUGCUCUCGAUGGUGCAGCUGUAGAACCUUUUGAGGAUCUGAGGACCCAUGCCAAAUGUUUUCAGUCUCCUUAGGGGGAAUAGGUUUUGUCGUGCCCUCUUCACGACUGCGUUGGUGUGCUUGGACCAUGUUAGUUUGUUGGUGAUGUGGACACCAAGGAACUUGAAGCUCUCAACCUGCUCCACUACAGCCCCGUCGAUGAGAAUGGGGGCGUGCUCGGUCCUCUUCUUUUUCCUGUGGUCCACAAUCAUCUCCUUUGUCUUGAUCACAUUGAGGGAGAGGUUGUUGUCCUGGCUCCACACGGCCAGGUCUCUGACCUCCUCCCUAUAGGCUGUCUCGUCCGUGAUCAGGCCUACCACUGUUGUGUCAUCGGCAAACUCAUGAUGGUGUUGGAGUCGUGCCUGGCCAUGCAGUCAUGAGUGAACAGGGACUACAGCAGGGGACUGAGCAGGCACCCCUGAGGGGCCCCCUUGUUGAGGAUCAGCUUGGCGGAUGUGUUGUUACCUACCCUUACCCCCUGGGGGCGGCCCGUCAGGAAGUCCAGGAUCCAUUUGCAGAGUGAGGUGUUUAGUCCCAGGGUCCUUAGCUUAGUGAUGAGCUUUGAGGGCACUAUGGUGUUGAAUGCUGAGCUGUAGUCAAUUAAUAGCAUUCUCACAUAGGUGUUCCUUUUGUCCAGGUGUGAAAGGGCAGUGUGGAGCGCAAUAGAGAUUGCAUCAUCUGUGGAUCUGUUGGGGCGGUAUGAAAUUGGAGUGGGUCUAGGGUUUCUGGGAUAAUGGUGUUGAUGUGAGCCAUGACCAGCCUUUCAAAGCACUUCAUGGCUACAGACGUGAGUGCUACGGGUUGGUAGUCAUUUAGGCAGGUUACCUUAGUGUUCUUGGGCACAGGGACUAUGGUGGUCUGCUUGAAACAUGUUGGUAUUACAGACUCAGACAGGGAGAGGUUGAAUAUGUCAGUGAAGAUACUUGCCAGUUGGUCAGCGCAUGCUCGGAGUACACGUCCUGGUAAUCCAUCUGGCCCUGCGGCCAUGUGAAUGUUGACCUGUUUAAAGGUCUUACUCACAUCGGCUACGGAGAGCGUGAUCACACAGUCGUCCGGAACAGCUGAUGCUCUCAUGCAUGUUUCAGUGUUACUUGCCUCGAAGCGAGCAUAGAAGUAUUUUAGCUCGUCUGGUAGGCUUGCGUCACUGGGAAAGCUCGCGGCUGUGCUUCCCUUUGUAGUCUGUAAUAGUUUGCAAGCCCUGCCACAUCCAACGAGCGUUGGAGCCGGUGUAGUACGAUUUGAUCUUAGUCCUGUAUUGACGCUUUGCCUGUUUGAUGGUUCGUUGGAGGGCAUAGCAGGAUUUCUUAUAAGCUUCCGGGUUAGUGUUCCGCUCCUUGAAAGCGGCAGCUCUACCCUUUAGCUUAGUGCGGAUGUUGCCUGUAAUCCAUGGCUUCUGGUUGGGGUAUGUACGUACAGUCUUCCUUCUGUCUGUCUGCUACACAUUGGUAUUAUCUAUCUAAAUCAAACACACAAGGUGGAUUAUCUUUUAUUAUUUACCCCACCUCCUGGGUCAGUUGUAACAGGGCUUGGGGUGAAAUGUAACCGUUUGAAAUUAAAUAUUGAAUGCAUUUAUUGAGAACAUGAGAACAACAUUGCCAUGUUCAACAUUUUGUGAAGCAGAAAUAACAAAAUAAUAAUACAAAUCAUAAAAUGUUUAUUCUUUUUGACACUCCGUUAACUGGCCCUUCUCAACUAAACAACAACAUCUGAAGGUUUGUGGUGUGUGUUUGUGAGUGAAUGUUAGACGUGUUCACUCAAUCAGAGUCACAGUUGUGACAGUAGUAUGGUAGUCCUGGGGUACAGGUUUGGUGGGCCCAUCAUUUGCAUUCCCAGCAGUGCACCCAGACCUCCUUAGGCCAGUGGCGUAUAUUCAUGGAUGCCAAGGGAAGACAGACUUCCCAAACAAAUUGUCCAAGAAAAAAUGAAAAAAACACAAUUCUCUGUGAUUCAUAAUUUUCCUUUAAUUCGCAAGAUGCUGACUGUACCGGAGAAAGCAUCUGAGCCAGCGAACCAGCGGCCCUCUGUAUGUGUAGCCCAUCUAUCUGAGGCUGUCUGGUCAAAAAUAGUAUGAUAUUGUUGCCGCCCGUAGCAUUGAUUGCAAGGGAAGCCAGCAAGUAUUUGGCCUCCCUUGAUACAUGUUUUUUAUAAAAUAAUAGCCAAUCAGCAUUGUGCUAAACUGAGUGAGCUCAACUGUGAAUGGUGUGAAAAAAAAAAAAAGUGUCGAGGGAAAGUAGUUUGGAUUUGGCUUCACACCAAUCACAUCACAACAAAAGACAAAGGUCAUUGAAUUGAUGCAUCUCGUUGUGUUGUUGUCCUCCAGUAGCUAGCUAGCUAAAUUUGGCCCUUUCCUAAAUUAGCCAUGGAUGGAGAAAGGGAUUUGGACUUGUGGUUUUACUUAAUUCUCCGUAGAGGCCAAUGAUUAUAACAGCGAUUCUGAUCCAACCAUAAAUUCAUACAUUGUGCCCCUGGCCUGAGAGGAUGUAAGUUCAACGUGUAGCUAGAUGUAGUAGGCUAAUGAUAACUAGCUGGCUCAUCAUUGCCCAUGAAAGGAAGUUAGGCUAGAGAGCAAGCAUUUUAGCCAGGACAACAAAAACAAAAAGCGUGUAGCCUACAGUAUGACAGAGUCAUAGACCGUUUCAGCGACAUGAAAGAGAGGAGGAUGGCAUUGGCGUUUCUCUACAAGUAGGGUGAGUCAACAUGUUUUUUCUACUUGCACGAACGCGCACACACACACACAGAAAUCAGUAGCAUGGACAGCCACAUCAUAUUUAGCUUAGGUUGAUUGGACUAAAUUGUUUUUGGUAUCUUUUAGUUGUCACUGUAUUAGACUAAGCAUAGGUGAUUUGAUGAUGUUGAAGUUGAAAUGUUGCUGGAAUAGUGGAGGUAGCUCCUGUUUUGUUUGCGACUUGCGGUAACUCUCCAUGGUUCUAAAUCAAUAGUUGUUUAGUAGUCUGAACAUUUCAGAAACAUCAACUUGCUUGACCAUGCUGUAGGUCAUUGCAAUACUGUUUGUUACAUGCAAUAUGUUUUGUGGACUUCAACGAACAGAUGUUGCUCUCCGGUUUUGUGAUGAAACAAAGGUGUGGUUGAAUUUGUUCUGCCACUGUGUCUUCUUAUUGUCUCGGUCUUUAGGACUAUAUAUCACUGUGUCAAGGCAUAUGAACUAACAGGUUAUAGAGGAAACAACACAAUUAUCACAACACAUAGGUUGUAAUAUGGCUUUUUUAUCUGGCUUUGCUUCCCCAGUGAUUUUACCCACAAACCGCUACUGGUUACAAUUAUCCUGUGUUACAACAAUCUCAAGUCACCCCUAACUUUAAGUUGAAAACAUCACACAGUAGUAACUAUGCAAUAAAGUAAAGUCUCUACAUGUUCCAUUACAACGUAUAGACUACUACAGACCCUAGCCUGAUAAGAACGGCGUAAAAGUAAACAUGCCCGGUCGAUCAUUUUGAUUGUGCAGUAAGCUAUGCACCUAAAUACAUUAUAUGUAAACAAUACAUAGCCAACAAGUAUCUCAAGUAAUGUAUUUUGUAUUGUAUACUGUGUCUUGAGUGUGUCAUCUGUACUUUAACUACUGUGAUUUGAAAUAUUACUGCAUUAUGUAUUAUUACAUGGACCAAAUGAGAAGGACUGCCCCCUCUCCUUGAGGCCGACCAGGGUACUGCAGUCAAUGUUUUCAGAAAGUAGGAUCCCCCAUUAUAGUCAAUGGGAGUAUGGCGAUAUUCAUGGUCGAUAUUCGUGGAUAUGAAAACAAUUCUGAACACAAUCAUGGUACCCAUACUUGCUUCAAUUUCAGAUGAAAGUCCUUGAACUGCUUAUUUUUAAAUCGCACUCAGAAGAAGUUAUAAGGAUAAUUUAGUGGCUACCGGCAGCCUACAGUAGCCCGGUCGGCCAUCAACUUGAGAUACUCAAUGAGAGGGGACAGCACUGAGCUAGCCUGCAACGUCACUUCCUAGAGUAGCUCAAAUUGUGCAUGCGAUGUUUCCAAAAACUCCUCCAUGAAGUAAGAUGGCGACAUGCUAAAAGGAAGCAGUAGUCUAUGUUCCCCUCACUGAAUAUUUCUCUCAAACCUUACAAAAAGGUAUGGAUAUGCACCUUAUGGAUUCUUCAAGAAACUCGGCAUCCAGGGACCUAAACCACUCCCCUUCAUAGGGACGUUUUUAGAGUACAAAAGGGUGAGAUUAAUACUACAUUAAUACUACUACUUCUACUGGUGUGUAUGUAGUGUGUUGCUCAAACUCUCUGGGUGUCCAUAUAGUGUUAACAUGAGGACCAUUAGGACUCAAGCUGAACUCCCCUCUCCCUCCUUUUACAGGGUAUCUUCAUAUUUGACAAAGAGUGUUACCAGAAGUACGGCGAUGUGUGGGGGUAAGCGUGUGCGUGUGUGUGUUUGUGCCUGCGUGUGAACGCGUAUGCAUGUGUACAAAUAUAGGGGAACUAUAUUUUCACUGUUCUGGUGAACUAUUUGUAAUUCUGGUUCUUUUAGUAAUUCUUAGUAUUUAGUAGUUAUUUUAGUAUUUUGUCAUUCUUGUGUGUUCUUUUAGGUUCUUUGAUGGCAGACUGCCCGUAAUGGGUGUGAUGGACACAGCCAUGAUCAAAACCAUCCUGGUGAAGGAAUGUUACUCAGUGUUUACCAACAGACGGGUAAGCAGAAAUACACAAACAACCCUAACCUCUCUAACCUUCAAUCCUAAUCCUAACCCCUCUAAUGUGUCUGUGUCUGUGUCUAGUUUGGAUUUAUCAGAAGUCCUCACAAGAAUAGUUAAACAAGGAACAUUUGACAUUUCGCCGGUCCCCACAAGGAAAAAGGCUUUUUUAGGCUUAGGGGUUAGUUUUAGGGUUAGGGGUUAGGGUUAGUUUUAGAGUUAGGGUUAGGGUUUUGGGCUGAAGGUUAGGGUUAAGGUUAGGUUAAGAGUUAGGGUUAGGGAAAAUAGGAUGUGUGUGUGUGGGAAUCAAUUGUUUGAAUGGGAAUCAAUUGUUUGGUCCCCACAAGGAUAGUAAAACAAACGUUUGUGUGGUCAGGACUUCGGGCUGAACGGGGAGCUGCACGACGCUGUAACGAUCGUAGAAGACGAUGAGUGGAAGAGAAUCCGCAGCACUCUGUCUCCCUCCUUCACCAGUGGACGACUCAAAGAUGUAAAGACACACACACACACACACACACACACACAUAAAUGUACACACACAGCACUAUUGCACCAUUAUAUUGCGUAAAGUAAAACAUUCCACCUUCCUAAGCCUGCGUGGUGAAGUAACUGAGUGGUUGUGGAGCCUCUACACAACAGGCGGACAGAGGGCCAGAUCCGGACCCAGAACGGGGUCAAUACAGACCGCGGGUCCUGACUAAAAAGAAAAAGAAAAGGUUUAUUUUAUUUGGAAACCCCUGGUAUCAUAUGAACACACAUACUCCAAUGUAAAAUGUAUAGAAUUGAAAUUUGAUUUUUCUCUUUCCGCCAACAAGAUGGGUUUGAACAGUUUAGGAUCGCAUUGCGAGGUGGGGUUUUAUUAUUACGCCGAUAAAUGACAAGAUCCUUUCGGACCUUUGACACCUUUGAAAUUUGUGUGACCGGAUCUUCUCAAAUAGUACUUCAGUACCCCUGCUCUACGGAGUACGCAUGGUGGAGUAUACAUCCAGCCUCAUUGAGAACUGUUGACUUCAGCUCCCUAUAUCCUGAGAAAAGAUGGACUUCAGAUGCCAGUAGGCAGAACAAAUGUGAGAAUACAAGUCUGGUUAAGCAAGACUAUAUGUAUCUUUUUUUGGACAGAUGUUCAAGAUAAUGACUCAACACUCAAGAAACCUGGUGAAGUUUCUGCAGAAGAAGGUAGACUCUGACGAAGUCCUGGAAGUUAAAGAGUGAGUUGGGUAAUGCAUCGUUUUUCAGAGUGAGUAUGGGUAAUGUAGUGUUUUUCAGAGUGAGUAUGGGUAAUGUAGUUUGUUAAAGAGCGAAUGAGGCAGUAACAUUACAUCUUUCUCAUCCAUUUUAUUGUGUGUGUGUGUGUUUCCCAGAAUCUUUGGGGCCUACAGUAUGGACGUGGUGGCAAGUAGCGCGUUCAGUGUUGACAUUGAUUCUAUCAACCAACCCAAUGAUCCCGUAAUUACCAACGUAAAGGAACUUCUCAAAUUCAACCUGUUAAAUCCUCUACUAAUCUUAAUAGGUAAGUCUGUGUGUGUCUGUGUGUGUGUGUGUGUGUGUGUGAACAUAGUGUAGCCCCUACACAGUAUUCACACCACUUUACUUUUUCCACAUUUUGUUACAUUACAGCCUUAUUCUAAAAUAGAUUAAAUAACACAUUUUCCUCAUCAAUCUACACACAAUACCCCAUAAUGACAAAGUGAAAACAGGUUUUCAAAUUUUGCAAAUGUAUUAAAAAUAAAAACAAGAAAAUACCUUAUUUACAUAAGUAUUCAGACCCUUUGCUAUGAAACUCGAAAUUGAGCUCAGGUGCAUCCUGUUUCCAUUGAUCAUCCUUGAGAUGUUUAUGCAACUUGAUUGGAGUCCACCUGUGGUAAAUUCAAUUGACUGGACAUGAUUUGGAAAGGCACACACCUGUCUAUAUAAGGUCCCACAGUUGACAGUGCAUGUCAGAGAAAAAACCAAGCCAUGAGGUCGAAGGAAUUGUCUGUAGAGCUCCGAGACAGGAGUGUGUCGAGGCACAGAUCUAGGGAAGGGUACCAAAAAAUGUCUGCAGCAUUGAAGGUCCCCAAGAACACAGUGGCCUCCAUCAUUCUUAAUGGAAGAAGUUUGGAACCACCAAGACUCUUCCUAGAGCUGGCUGCCCGGCCAAACUGAGCAAUCGUGGGAGAAGGGCCUUGGUCAGGGAGGUGACCAAGAACCUGAUGGUCACUCUGACAGAGCUCCUCUGUAGAGAUGGGAGAACCUUACAGAAGGACAACCAUCUCUGUAGCACUCCACCAAUCAGGCAUUUAUGGUAAAGUGGCCAGACGGAAGCCACUCCUCAGUAAAAGGCAAAUGACAGCCCGCAAGGCACCUAAAGGACUCUCAGACCAUGAGAAAAAAAUAUUCUCUAGUCUGAUGAAACCAAGAUUUAACUAUUUUUUUUGAAUGCCAAGCGUCACGUCCGGAGGUAACCUGGCACCAUCCCUACGGUGAAGUAUGGUGGUGGCAGCAUCAUGCUGUGGGGAUGUUUUUCAGCGGCAGGGACUGUGAGAUUAGUCAGGAUCGAAUGUAAGAUGAACAGAGCAAAGUACAGAGAGAUCCUUGAUGAAAACCUGCUCCAGAGCGCUAAGGACCAAGGUUCACCUUCCAACAGGACAACGACCCUAAGCACACAGCCAAGACAACGCAGGAGUGGCUUCGGGACAAGUCUCUGAAUGUCCUUGAGUGGCCCAGCCAGAGCCCGGACUUGAACCCGAUCCAACAUCUCUGGAGAGGAGAGGAUCUGCAGAGAAGAAUGGGAGAAACUCCCCAAAUACAGGUGUGCCAAGCUUGUAGCGUCAUACCCAAGAAGACUCAAGGCUGUAAUCGCUCUCAAAGGUGCUUCAACAAAGUACUGCGUAAAGGGUCUGAAUACUUAUGUAAAUGUCAUAUUUCAGUAGUUUUUUUUGUAAUACAUUUUCAAAAAAUCUGUUUUUGCUUUGUCAUUAUGGGGUAUUGUUCGUAGAUUGAUGAGGGGGAAAAACAAUUUAAUCAAUUUUAGAAUAAGGCUGUAAUGUAACAAAAUGUGGAAAAAGUAAAGGGGUCUGAAUACUUCCCGAAUGAACUGUAUCUCUCUGAUGUAGCCAAACAGGAAUGAUGUGUCUUGUUAUACAAUGUAUUUUUCAUUUUAACGUACAGUGUAAAAUUGACUCUCUUUUUAAAAUAUUCUCCUCUCUUGUCUCUUCUUGUUUUCUCUCCUUUCUUCUCCUCUCCUCUUCUGUUCUUUCUCUCCUUCUCUCACUCCAGUGUUGUUCCCGUUUAUGCGUCCGCUCCUGGAAAAGUGCAACGUCUCUUUCCUACCUGCCGGUGUUAUGGAAUUCUUCUAUUCCUUCCUGAGGAAGAUCAAAGCAGAGAGGAGCAAGAAUGUGCACAAUGUGAGAUAGAACCCUUAACCCCCUAGCCUAAAUCUAACCUCCACCCCAACCAUACCCCAGUCAGUACUAGGCCUAAACCCCAAAUCCCAUCCUCAACCCUGAACCACACUGAAGUGGCAUCAUGAUGUGGUCCUCUGUAGCUCAGCUGGUAGAGCACGGCGCUUGUAACGCCAAGGUAGUGGGUUCGAUCCCCGGGACCACCCAUACACAAAAAUGUAUGCACGCACGACUGUAAGUCGCUUUGGAUAAAAGCGUCUGCUAAAUGGCAUAUUAUUAUUAUUAUGAUGACUGAUAGGUGUGGUGUUUGGUUUGGCCCUGCAGACCAGAGUGGACUUAAUGCAGCUGAUGGUGGACUCUCAGAUCCCACAGGACCACGGCUCCAAGGAGUCCGCACACAAAGGUAAGUAACUCAAAAUCAUGGACAGGGCUGACAAAGGUUGUGUUGUGGAUGUGUUUCUCUCUGAGCGGUUCUGUUGUGUUUCAGGGCUGACGGACCACGAGAUCCUGUCCCAGGCGCUGACAUACAUCUUUGCGGGCUAUGAGACCAGCAGCAGCACGCUGGGUUUCCUAUCCUAUAACCUGGCAACCAACCCUGAUGUCCAGGCUACCCUGCAGGACGAGAUCGACCAGACCUUCCCCGACAAGGUGUCCUCACACUGAGCUGAUCUAGAUGGCUAUAUCUACUCCGACUCUUCUUUUAUUGUCUGUCUCUUCUCUCUCUCUCCGGACCAAUAUGGCUGCCAUUUUCACCCCAUUCUGAAACUUUGAGGGUUUAUGACAUAGCCCCUCUAGUAAUUAAAUAAGAUCACUAUGGCCAAUGGUCACUCACGUGUUUCCCAUGAAGGGUAAUGGAGUUUUGCCUGUCUCCCUGCAGGCUCCCCCCACCUAUGAAGGGCUGAUGCAGAUGGAGUAUCUGGACAUGGUCAUCAACGAGUCCUUGCGGGUGUAUCCCAUCAGCAGCCGCCUCGAGAGAGUUGCCAAGGCUACCGUGGAGGUGAAUGGUGUGACCAUCCCCAAGGGAACCGUUGUCAUGGUUCCAGUCAUGACCCUUCACCACCACCCGACACACUGGCCCGAACCUGACGUCUUCCGACCAGAGAGGUACGGUACAUACAGACAGGUCCAAAAUUAUUGGCACCCUUGAUAAAGAUGAGCAAAAAAAUAAUAAUACACAUACUACAUUGUAUGCUAACAGGUAAUAAAUAAAUAAACAUUUAAGAGGGGUCAAAAUUAUUGCCACCCCUGUUUUUAAUACUCCAGCACCCUCCCCUUGUGAGGAUAAUGAGCCUUUUUCUAACAUGUUUUAUAAGAUUGGAGAACACAUUGGGAGGGAAUUUCCUCCAUACUGAAUUCUUCCAUAUCCUUAAUUCCUUCUUCUGUGCUUAUGGACUGCCCUCUUCAAUUCAAACCACAGGUUUUCAAUGGGGUUGAAGUCCGGAGACUGAGAUGGACAUUGCAACAUGUAGAUUUUGUGCUCAAUUUACAAUUUCUUUGUGUAUUUUGAUAUGUGCUUGGGGUUAUCAUCUUAAUGGAAGAUUCGGACAAGUUUCGGUCUCCUGGCAGAGGCAACCAGGUUUUUGGCUAAAAUGGGCCUGGUCUCCCAAAAGCAUCUUAAGGCUUGUAGGCUACUGUCUGUAAUUUGUCUCAAUAUAUUUAAUGAUGUGUAGCCUAACAUGCACGCAAUCAUGUGCGAAAUCUGUGAUUUGUUAGGUAAGCAUUAGAAUAAGCCGUCUCAAUAUUUGCAGCCGUAGGUGGUAAUAUCUCUCUAGGAGCUGAUCUGUCGUCAGCAUGGUAAAAUAAUUAUAAUGUUAAGGCUAUGAUUUCAAUGUAGAAAGCUGAUCCGAGAGCAGCGCUCCCUUUCUUUCUUUCGAUCCUAUCAGUAUCUAAACAUGCUCCAACGGCGCACUUAGCGAACGUUCUCUCUGAGUGGUGUUUUGGGAAACGCAUGUUACAUCUUCGGCCGUUGUAGGAAAGAUUCAUCGUUAAAAAACUUGUAAGCUUAUAAGUUCCAUCACUAUCGGGAAACUGGGCCCUGGUACAUGGUAAAGUUCAUGAUGCCAUUGACCUUAACAUGACCAGUGGAAGCAUAAUAGCCCCAUAACAUCAAAGAUCCACCACCAUAUUUUACAGGUAUGAGGUUAUUUUCUGCAUAUGCAUCCGUUUUUCGACGCCAAACCCACCACUGGUAUAAAGAUUUUUAUAACUAACCCUAAGAUAGACCACAGCCUGUCGUUUCAAAAGGGAGCAAAUUAAUCAUAGUGGGCAGAAAAAGCAAGGAGGUGGGCUGAGCCAAGUACGAGCUAGCAAGAUCCUAUUGGCGCGUUCUAGCAUUUAUUUGCAAAUUUCCAUUAGGGAACAUCUACUCUGUGAAGUGCAAUAACUAAAUAACUUUCACUCUGUCUAAACAAUGCAACUUUGGCAAAGGGUAAAGUCUAGUUAUAGAGUCUGUAGAGUUACUGACCACUACUCUAGUUAUAGAGGCUGUAGAGUUACUGACCACUACUCUAGUUAUAGAGGCUGUAGAGUUACUGACCACUACUCUAGUUAUAGAGGCUGUAGAGUUACUGACCACUACUCUAGUUAUAGAGGCUGUAGAGUUACUGACCACUACUCUAGUUAUAGAGGCUGUAGAGUUACUGACCACUACUCUAGUUAUAGAGGCUGUAGAGUUACUGACCACUACUCUAGUUAUAGAGGCUGUAGAGUUACUGACCACUACUCUAGUUAUAGAGGCUGUAGAGUUACUGACCACUACUCUAGUUAUAGAGGCUGUAGAGUUACUGACCACUAGUUAUAGAGUCUGUAGAGUUACUGACCACUACUCUAGUUAUAGAGGCUGUAGAGUUACUGACCACUACACUAGUUAUAGAGGCUGUAGAGUUACUGACCACUAGUUAUAGAGGCUGUAGAGUUACUGACCAAUACUCUAGUUAUAGAGGCUGUAGAGUUACUGACCACUACUCUAGUUAUAGAGGCUGUAGAGUUACUGACCACUACUCUAGUUAUAGAGGCUGUAGAGUUACUGACCACUACUCUAGUUAUAGGCUGUAGAGUUACUGACCACUACUCUAGUUAUAGAGGCUGUAGAGUUACUGACCACUACUCUAGUUAUAGAGGCUGUAGAGUUACUGACCACUAGUUAUAGAGGCUGUAGAGUUACUGACCACUAGUUAUAGAGGCUGUAGAGUUACUGACCACUACUCUAGUUAUAGGCUGUAGAGUUACUGACCACUACUCUAGUUAUAGAGGCUGUAGAGUUACUGACCACUACUCUAGUUAUAGAGGCUGUAGAGUUACUGACCACUAGUUAUAGAGGCUGUAGAGUUACUGACCACUAGUUAUAGAGGCUGUAGAGUUACUGACCACUAGUUAUAGAGGCUGUAGAGUUACUGACCACUACUCUAGUUAUAGAGGCUGUAGAGUUACUGACCACUACACUAGUUAUAGAGGCUGUAGAGUUACUGACCACUAGUUAUAGAGGCUGUAGAGUUACUGACCACUACUCUAGUUAUAGAGGCUGUAGAGUUACUGACCACUACUCUAGUUAUAGAGGCUGUAGAGUUACUGACCACUACUCUAGUUAUAGAGGCUGUAGAGUUACUGACCACUACUCUAGUUAUAGAGGCUGUAGAGUUACUGACCACUACUCUAGUUAUAGAGGCUGUAGAGUUACUGACCACUACUCUAGUUAUAGGCUGUAGAGUUACUGACCAAUACUCUAGUUAUAGAGGCUGUAGAGUUACUGACCACUAGUUAUAGAGGCUGUAGAGUUACUGACCACUACUCUAGUUAUAGGCUGUAGAGUUACUGACCACUACUCUAGUUAUAGAGGCUGUAGAGUUACUGACCACUACUCUAGUUAUAGAGGCUGUAGAGUUACUGACCACUACUCUAGUUAUAGAGGCUGUAGAGUUACUGACCACUACUGUUAUAGAGGCUGUAGAGUUACUGACCACUACUCUAGUUAUAGAGGCUGUAGAGUUACUGACCACUACUCUAGUUAUAGAGGCUGUAGAGUUACUGACCAAUACUCUAGUUAAAUAUUCUGUAGCCUUGCUGAACACUUCUUUAGUGUGGGACACAGUGCUGAAUGCUACUUUGAUCUGAACACUCCUCUGUCCUCAGGUUCAGUAAGGAAAACAGAGAGAACAUUGAUCCCUACACCUACCUUCCAUUUGGGAUUGGGCCAAGGAACUGUAUCGGCAUGCGAUUCGCCCUCCAGGCCAUUAAGUUGGUGAUAGUAGAGAUCCUCCAGAGCUUCAUCUUUGUCCCCUGCAAGGAGACAGAGGUGAGAUUACUGAUCGUCUCAAUGGGAUCAUUGGUGUGCAUGAGUCCGUACGUACAGUGAAUGUGUGUGUUUGAAUAUGUUGGUGGUGAAUGUUGGCUUGUGAUGGCAUAUCUUUGUCUUGUUGACUGUAGUAGCUGUUUGGAUGAGUUUAGGUUCUGAAAACAAUGAAAUUGUAACUGACCAUAUUGUUCUGAGCUUCCUGAAUGUUUCAUCAAGUCAUUUGUAUCCAUGUUGAACUAAGCAAUGGGGCUUUUAUUCCCAGCACCAUGUGGAGAGACUGUGGUGCUGUAGUCAUAUUGGUAUUCAUAUUGACUUCCUGGAUGUGUCCUCAGGUUCCUCUGGAGCUGUUUGACAACGGCUUCAUCGCCCCAAAGAAGCCCAUCAAGCUGAAGCUGGUCCCCCGUGCUGAGGCCCCCAGCCAGGACUGAGAGGAGAGGAGAGGAGAGGAG